UCGGGAGCGGAGCAGCAUCAGCAUCAGCAUCAGCGCUCUGGUCGGUUGCAGGCAGCGGCAGGCAGCAACGCUCUCAGUCACGGCGCAGGCGGCGACGGCAGCAGAAGCAUCAAACUCUCCUCUCUCUUCCUCCCCGGAGUUGCGUCUUGCUCUGAGGACACCCGGCCCGGGAGAAAGUCAUCCAAAGGGGCUGUUGGGAAAACAGAGAACCAAACGCAGACCUGGCUGCCUCCAUGCCUAUCGAAUUUGUGUGCAAAAUCAAGUUUGCAGAGGAGGAUGAGAAGCAGAAAACCAAGCAGGAUGGGGACAAGGAGAGUCUGAUCGAGGAGCGCUGCGCGGCUCCGGCCAAGGACUUGGCCGGGUUCGCCAACUCCUGCUCCCUGCAUGGGAUUAAUCACAUCUUUGUCUCGGGUCGCCUCGGCAUCCGGCAGACUCUGUGGGCUCUCGCCUUCCUCACCUCGCUGGCGCUCUUCGUCUACCAGGCGGCAAAGUGUGCCAUCUCCUACCUGGAGCACCCGCACGUCACCGCCCUGAACGAGGAGGCCAGCCCGGAGAUGGUCUUCCCGGCGGUGACCAUCUGCAACAUCAACCGCUUCCGCUUCUCCGCGCUCUCCGACGCCGACAUCUACCACCUGGCGAACCUGACGGGGCUGCCGCCCAAAAACCGGGACGGGCACAAGCCCACGGACCUCAUGUACCCGGCUCCGGACAUGCAGGACAUCUUCAACCGGACGGGGCAUCAGCUGGAGGAGAUGCUGAUGAGCUGCAACUUCAGCGGGCAGAACUGCUCGGCUGACGACUUCACUGUGGUUUACACCAGAUAUGGGAAAUGCUACACCUUUAAUGGGAACAAGACGACAUCCAGGAAAAGCAAGCAAGGUGGAAUGGGGAAUGGACUGGAGAUCAUGUUGGAUAUCCAGCAGGAUGAAUACCUGCCAAUAUGGAGGGAGACAAACGAGACGUCUCUGGAGGCCGGGAUCCGGGUUCAGAUCCACAGCCAGGACGAGCCGCCGUACAUCCACCAGCUGGGCUUCGGAGUCUCGCCGGGCUUCCAGACCUUUGUUUCAUGUCAAGAGCAAAGGUUGACCUACCUGCCCCAGCCCUGGGGGAACUGCCGCUCCAGCAGCAAUGAGAAGUUCCCAGGAUACGACACGUACAGCAUCAGUGCCUGCCGCCUGCUCUGCGAGACCAAGGAGGUGGUGCGGGUGUGCAACUGCAGGAUGGUGCACAUGCCAGCUGCCAGCUAG